CACGCGCGGCAGUGGGGCGCCGGGCGCUAGGGGAGGCGAGGAAGCGGCCAGAGCGGAGAAGAGGAUGCUGUGGAGCGUUAGGUCGCGACCCCUGCUGGGAGGUGCUGUUUCUCCCUCCUUUCUGGGGCUGGGAGGGGGCGGAUGUGGGCUGCAUCCAAGUCGCUGCCCCCCACGCCCUCCCAACCUCCGUCACAGCUAGUCUUGGCCAGUUUGCGCGGGGACUGGCUGAUCUCCCUUCGGCCGGCCCCGGGGUCUGGCGGGAGGGGACUGGAUGGGGAGGGAGACUUAAGGGCGCUGGCGGUCGUCGUUCCGGUUGCUGAGAGUCGGCCCCACAGCUCCAGUUUUUCCAAGUGAGCUCAGCCUCCCCGCUUUCAGAGCAUCCCCCGCCAAAAAUAAGAUCAUCUCAGCUAGUAGGCAGCCCCCCUCACCACUUCUUUCACUCCCUCUUCAGUGCCUUUCCUAUCACACCCCGGAGCCUCUCACACACAAAGCAGAUGGCAGAUUGGAGAGCCGAGUUUAGCCAGGGAUGGGAUUUAACAAACUCCUAGGGAACCUUGAUUCCCAGGGAAGAAUAGCAGUGACCCAGCACGGAUUGGGUACCCAGUCAGGCAGCCCAGACAGAGGGACAUUAUACAAACAGAUGUAAAGACCCACUAACAUGUGUAAACCUGAUUGCAAGUCUGGAAAGAAUCCAGUUUCAACCAAUUGGUAUAUACAAAAAAGAGGCCAUCCCAAUCUUGGUUUAUGUUUAUUUUCCACUGACCCUAUGAGUGAAGAUAUCCUUGACCAUGACUCCAUCUGAAUAUGUUCCAGCUCAUCCGAUGUCCCAUCACCAGGUUAAGAAAUAUGGAGAUUUCCACACGGAUUUGGAGAGGAGCUCCAGUGGUUACUAAAAUUCUGAAUUAAAUCUGUGAGGAAAGAUGUGGAAAUUGAAGUUCAAAGAUUAAGCAGUUUACCCAACAUAAUAUAGCUGGUGCUAAGUGACAAAGUCAGGAUUUGAAUCCAGUUCUGCUUUCAACUUACCGGCCAGCUUCCCCUAACUGAAAGCUGGAUGAUGAACCAAACGACCAGUGAGACUGCAGCUUCCUGAACUCAUUCACAGCAGAAAUAGUAUCUAGUAUCUUACUCAAUUGUUGUUGCUACACCUACCACGGUGCCUGUCUCAGUCCUUUUGGGCUGCCAUAAGAAAUUACCAAAGACUGAAUGACUUGUAAACAAUAAAUUUAAUUCUCAGCGUUUUGGAUCCUGGAAGUCUGAAAUCUGGGUGCCAGAGUGGUUAGGUUCUGAUGAGGGCCCUCCUCUUGUUGCAGACUGCUACCACUUCUGGCAGUGUCCUCACAUGGCAGAAGGGGCCAGUGAGCUCCCUGGGGUUUCUUUUGUGAGGGCUCUAAUCCCAUUCAUAAGGGCUUUGCCCUCAUGACCUAAUCAUCUCCUAAUAUCACCCUGGGAGUUAGGAUUUCAACAUAUGAAUUUUAGGGAGACAUAAACAUUCAGUCCAUUGCAGUUUCUAACUUCAAGUAGGGUUUAGUACAUUUAGAUUCAGUUGAUUUAAACUUGAUCCUAUCUGAGGAGGUGACAUUUAAGCAAAGAUAUCUAUGAAAGAGUUAUAUGAACACAUUGCAGAAGAAAGUGACAAGCAGAAAGAACAGCAAGUACAAAGAACCUGAAGUCGGAAAUUGCUUGAUUGUAUUUGAGGAACAGCCAGGAGAUCAAAUGAUUGGAGCUAAGUGAACAAGAAGAAGCCCGGUAGGAGGUAUAUUUGAAGAGGAAGCCAGGGGCAAGAUAAUGUAGUGCCACUGCUACUCACUUUAAAAAGAUUAAUCCUCAAGAACACAUAACUAACAGCUCAUGAUGCUUCAGAAGAGAAAGGACGCAUGAUUAAACUGUUAGAAAUUAAAAUUAUUUUUUGAAUGUCUAUAGUAUGCCAGGCACUGGAUAGAACCUUAAGCAUAUCAUCUCAUUUAAUCCUCACACUAAUUCUACAAGACAGAUAUUAUCCUGAUUUUAUACCUUGAGAAAAAUGGAAAAACAGAAAUACUAAGUAACAUGCUUCACAGAAUUAAUAGGUGGCACAGACAAGAUAUGACCCAGGUUUCUGAUUCCAAAGUCUAGAUUUUUCUACUAUACCACAGUUUCUUGUUUGAAAGACUGUAAGCAGAGAGGGGUUCAUGCAUACAUGCAUUCAUCAAGUAAUUGUGUUCAUUUCUAUGUGAUAGGCACUAUAGAAAUAAUAUUAAAAUGUAAGAUAGCACUUCUUAAGUUUUUAUAUGAUUAUAUUCUUACCAGUUGUUUGUUUUUAAAACUUUGCAGACAGAUGGACUACAAGGCAAUUGCCCAAAAAACUGUCCAAGAAGUUUUAGGUUAUACUCAAGAUACAUCAGGCUGGAAAGUGGUUAAAAUUUCAAAAAAGAUAACUGUUUCCAGUAAGGCUUCUAGAAAAUUCCAUGGAAACCUAUAUCGUGUUGAAGGGAUAAUUCCAGAAUCAGCAGCUAAACUAUCUGAUUUCCUCUACCAAACUGGAGAGAGAGUUACAUGGGAUAAAUCAUUGCAAGUAUACGAUAUGGUACACAGGAUUGAUUCGGACACAUUCAUAUGUCAUACCAUUACACAAAGUUUUGCCAUGGGCUCCAUUUCCCCUCGAGACUUUAUCGACUUAGUGUACAUCAAGCGCUACGAAGGAAAUAUGAACAUUAUCAGUUCUAAAAGCGUGGAUUUUCCAGAAUAUCCUCCAUCUUCAAAUUAUAUCCGUGGUUAUAACCAUCCUUGUGGCUUUGUAUGUUCACCAAUGAAAGAAAACCCAGCAUAUUCCAAACUAGUGAUGUUUGUCCAGACAGAAAUGAGAGGAAAAUUGUCCCCAUCAAUAAUUGAAAAAACCAUGCCUUCCAACUUAGUAAACUUCAUCCUCAAUGCAAAAGGUGGAAUAAAGGCACACAAAACUCCAACAGGACGUGGAUUUCAUCAUAAUAGUCAUUCAUGAUACCAAAAGAAGAAAUGAGGCCAUUCUGCUAUAAAAUCAUGUGUAGUAGUUAUUGCAGUUUACUUCUAAGUCAACAUGCAUAAAUAAUACUGUUAAACUAUUCUAAACAGUAUUCUUGUACACAUUGCUGAAGAUAGUUCAUAAAAAUAAGAACUCAUAGUUGUACAAGAAUAUGGCAUUAAAUACAGUUUUUAAUCUCACAUAAGAAUGAUGUUAAA